GUCCACUAUGAGCAGUGGUGCUGGACCCGCACAAACCCUUUAGUGAGUCUGAAGCUGUGGGUGGUCGUCUCUCCUCUCUCACCUCCAGCCGGGGGAGGCAGAUGGUCGAACGCCCUGGAGGGUUGAAGGUUGUUUUGUUUUUGAGGUGAACUGGAGUGAGCUGGUUUUUGGGUCACGUAGACCCAGAUGGAGGCGACCCAAACCACAGCGUACAGUAGUUACAUUCAGAGAGGAAGAGGUCGUGUGGCCUAGAUCAGAACUCAUGAUCAGCUCAGUGAUGAGACGGGUCCUCGUCGGGUCGGCUUCAGUGGAGACAUUGAAACCAAAAGGCCUCAUUUCCAUCAGUGAGUGUUAGUAACUGACUGCUGUGAUUUCCAGCUCAACGUCUGCUCUUCUGGACGUUUCCUCCAGUCAACGAACGUCAGCGCAGAGAAGCUGCAGAUGACUUUCCACAGAAACCACCAGACAAAGGUCAAGCACAGGAAGGAGGACGGUCGGGUUUUGGUUUCUGAAGGCGAGGACACAGUGACUCAGCUCAGAUGGAGGGAACAGGCUCCUGGUGGCUGCUCGUCAUGAGCUCACUGCUGUGCUGCACAAACCAGGCCCGUCUCACUGUGAGUCCCAGCAGCUCUCAGCUCUUUGAACACCAGUUCAUGAAUCUCAGCUGUGAGGACGACGACGGAUCUGCUGGAUGGACGGUGACGCGGAACACGAGCAGAGAAACCAGAGCUGCGUGUGGAGCUGAUUGGGGAAAACUUGAUGCUUUCUUCUGCACCAUCAGCUACAUCCUCCCGUGGGACAGUGGUGUUUACUGGUGCGAGUCCAGCUCUGGCUCCAGCAGCAGCAGCAGCAGCAGCAUCAGUGUCUCAGGUGGAUCUGUGAUCCUGCAGAGCCCUGUCCUCCCUGUGAUGGAGGGACAUGAUGUCACUCUGCACUGUCAAACAAAGAGCCCUCCCUCCGAACUGCCAGCUGAUUUCUAUAAAGACGGCUCCCUCAUCAGGACUGAGCCCACGGGUCACAUGACCAUCCACCACGUCACCAAGUCUGAUGAAGGAGUUUAUAAAUGCAGCAUCGAGGCUUCUGGAGAGUCUCCGUCCAGCUGGAUCCAUGUCUCAGACAAACACAGAGCGUCGGUCUGCUUCGAGGAGGUGACUUAUAACGAAGUAAUCAUCAGGCCGAGCAGCAGGAGAGGUGGGCUGCAAACAAACAGAGGGACAGACAGUGAUCCACACACCAUCUUCACAACAUCCCCGCGUUUGUGUCCAGCGCUUCCAGCAGAUCCAGAUGUUGUGUACUCGUCUGUGCGCUCCAGCGACACGUCCUCACGUCUGUCCACCAUCUGAGGAGCACAGUGUUUAUUGAUUUUACUUCUGAUCAACAAACGUUUAAACCUGUUUGACAUGUUGUUAUUUUAUGUGAGUUUAACAAACGCUGAUUAGUUCGUCCAAUGACCUUUGUGAUGAGUUUGUGUUCAGCGCUGAUGGAAAUAAAAGCAUUCAAACAGGACUAA